GCCAAUACUACUAUCGUAUUACCAACACCACAACAAAAACCAGUUACAAUAAGAAUAAUUAUACGGCAACUUCAUCUACAACUUACCAUACUGUCAACGAAACAUCGAAAAUGUGGGAAAAGUGUACAAAUAGUUAUCACAUUUUAUGGCGUGUAUUAUAACGAUUAAAUCAUGCAAUCAUGUGGCCGAUGAGAUACGAAAACAUGACUCGUGAUGAAUGUAGAAAAUGUUUACGAUGUUUAGAAUUAGAAGCUUAUGGAAAUAUGGUGUCUGUCUUACGUGCUCAAGGUCCAUUUACUAGUGAAAAACAAAAGUUGUUACAAGAACUUGCUAAAGUUUUACAUAUUUCUAAUGAGCGACAUCGUGCUGAAGUACGAAGAGCUGUUAAUGAUGAAAAAUUAGCAACAAUAGCUGAACAAUUAAGUGGUCCAAAUACUGGUACUGAUUGGACUAUUGAAGGUCGUCGUGCUAUUCCACUUUUGCCAAGAUUAAAGGCUCGAUCUGCAUUCACAACAUUAGCAAAUAGUUUAUCCCUUGCAACAGUAGCAGCAAACAAAAGGAAUCUUCCUGUUCACGAGAAAACAGAGGAUGCAAAAGAUAUUAGAAAUGAAUCUCCUUUGAAGAUUAAAGUACAAGAAAACUCUUUUAAUAAUCAUGAGAUUGCAUCUAAUAAAGAUAAGUUAAGUGAUGAAAAUGUUCUAACUGAGGUUACUGAAUCAGAUAGGAAUAAGGAAAUUAAUAAUCAAAGCAAUACUUCUGAUGGCAGUGAAAAAUAUAUUGUUUCUGAAAAACGUAAACCUUCUUCUCCUCUUUCACCAACACUUCCAAAUAAGGUUUUGGUAGUAUCUUCAAGUUCAAUAGGAGCUAUUAAUCAUGGUACUACUGAUAAAGGAUCAUUUGAAAAUACUAUUCAUUUAUCACGAAUGCCUACAAAUUCAUUACAGCAUCAAAAUGUCACUAUAAUACCAUUAAAUAUUAAUUGUGGAGAAAGUGAUUCGGAAUCUAAGGAAUUAGCAGUGCAAGACAGUGAAAGUAAUCAUUCGGUAAUUUCAUCUAGUAAUUUUAUGAAUACGGUAAUCCCAAUAGGUACAACAAAUAUUACAAAAGCUAAAGGAAGAAUUAUUACAACCCAAAACAAACUUAAUACAAAAAUCGGACCAGCAAUUUUAGUGUCUGGCAAUGUAUCAUGUACAUCAGGAAAUAAUUUUCAAUCUGAUAUACAAGAUACAUCUAUACAAGAUAAUUUAAGUCCUAAAACAUCGUCUAUAUCUCAUAAUUUACAAAAAGCGUCAUGUUCAGAAAAUUCAAAUUCAAUUUCAAGCAAUACAAAACGUAUUGUGCCAGUAAUACAUUCUAAUGUAAAAUCUCCAAUAACUAAAACUAUUACUUCAAGUAAUUCACAUCGAUUGAUGACUGUUUGUCCUGUUACAACAGUUUCUAAUGGACCAGGACCACCUCAAGCUAAGCAGAUAACAACAUUAACUUGUAAAAAAUUACCUACAACGCUCAAUAAUCAAACCACUGCCAAGAUGGGUGUUACAUUAAAUUCUAAUAAAACUGUAAAUAUAUCUCAUCAUCCUGAUACGAAAUUAGGAUCUAAGACAAAUGUGAUUGUUAUACAAAAGGGUCAAACCAAAGGUGUAACUCUUUCUCAAGCAGGCAAGGAAGUAUUAGGAAAAGUAAUAAUGGGUGGAAAAAGUUUGUGUGUCACGAGUCAACAUAACACCUCCAUUAAUGUAGUACCGCGUCAUGUUACGUUGAAUAAUGGAGAUCAAGGUUUAACUGUAUUAUCCACAACAAACUCGUCUCAUACAGAAUCUAUAACAUCCAAUAUAAAAUCUGGUAAUACAAUUAUGUUCAAUCUUCGGCAGGAUGUUCUGGAAAAAAAUAAGGCACUCUCUCAUCUCCUUGAAUCAUCUAAUGUUCUUACCUCUGAAUCUAAGACUGUGAUACAAAAUACUAAUGCUCUUCUUUCAAAGGAACCAAGUAACAGUGAUUUACAUGUACAGGAUAAAGAGCUAAUUGUAAAAACCGAUGCUGUAAUUACUACUGUUAAAGAUGAGACACACAGCCAAAUCGAGCACGCAACGAAAUUUUGCACAUAUGAUAUACAUAUAUACGUUAAAUAGAAAAGUUUCUGAUUCUGAUAUUUGCUCACGCUUUAUAUCAUUAACAUAAUGCAUGUAAGAUAUAAACAAAAUCUUUAAAGAUCUAAGUAGGAUGUUAAGUAAAUCUUAUAUAUAUAGUACUAAAAAUCAUAAAUUUUAAGAUGAUUGUAUUGAUUCCGAUUUUAGG